AUGGAAGCCUCUCCGUAUGGGGAUCUACUGGAGAAGACACGCCUCCCCCAGCCCCUGCUUCAGCGGUCCGCCGUAUCCGCCGUCUUCCGGAAGCUCCAGGCAGCGCCUCCCCAAAGAGGCUUCGAGUCCCGCCACGGUAGGGAUGCGGUUUCUCUCUGCCUCAAUUCGUCCUCUGUUGCUGUCGUCGACCAGGCAGUCCGGGAGCUGUGCUGCCUCGUCAAUGCCGGGGAUGUGAAGGUCGGGCCGGCGCUGGUGGAGCUUCAGUCGGCACUCGAGGGAUGUGAGACACGCUUUGUCGGCCUUUUCGUCAAGGGGAUCGGCUUCUUGUCCCGGUGCACGUUCCGGACAGACCCUUCGUAUUGGCGCAGCCAAGCCCAGACUCUGGAACUACAUCCCUUUGUGAAGGUCAGUCUCGGCGGCUUUCUUCUCUCAUGCGUGCUCGUUCAGUGUUACUUUGCUCCAAGUUCUUCCUAAUUUCACCCCAUGUUUUCCGAGCAGAUUCUUUCUUGUCGCCCUGAGGUUCAGGAAGAGCUCCUACGCCAAGUAUUGUUGUUUAUUGUGCAUAACAGGUCUUCUGGAAUGGAGGCGGUCUCUGAGUUCAUAAGGCCUUUCUUGGUCUUUUCUAUAUUGAUCGUUCAAUCUUCGGUUCGGUCAUUGACGUUCGCGAAGGAUUUGGUUUCUGGCUUGGCAUCAUUGUCUUGCUCGCUUCCGAAUGAGGCUAUCUUAAUUAUUAGGCUGCUCACUGGAUGCCUCGAGUAUUUCCCAAGCAGCAAUGAAGAGGUAAACCCGUUAUUCAAUAGGCUUCCAUAGCUUAAUGAUGUCGAGCAACAUCAAGAAAAAUUUUAGAAAAAAACCCUGACAGCAUGUCUAGGUUUCCCAGCCUCUGCGGAUUGUAGAUUAUGACAAGUUAGAAUGCCUUUUUUCUGUGUUAAUGGUUUCUUUCAGAAGAUUUUACUGGUUUUGGUCAUGCUGUCAGGUAUCCGUGUUUCUUGUUUUCCAUGAUGCACUUUCAUACUUCCCUGAUAUUAUUAAUUUUUCUACUUUUCUGCUUAGGAGUUCAGAUGCCUCAAAAGCUCUGCUGAAUAUUUGGUGGAUGCAUUUGAGGUGGUCUUGAAGCAGAUGGUUAAGACUGAAAUGGUAUUCUUUUGUUCCAUUUUCGUAUACUUGAAUUGAUUUAAUUCUCUUGCUAAUUUUUUUAUUACUUCUGAAAUCGUGGCAUUUAUCUUCACAUUACUUGUAAAUUUUGAAUCCUCAUUCAAAUUUUUGAUGAGGUCGAAUCAUGAUUAUUGCUGGUUUCACUCACAUGAACAUGCAAUCAUGCAUAUGCGAAUUUAUUUAACUAGAAAUUAUAAUGUAAAUUUAUUGGUAUCCGGAAAUAGAAUUCUGGGUGAACUUAUCAUAUUGGUCUUUGUGAAAACUUUGCAUCUGCUUCGAGUUGAUUCUAUAUUUGGUUGUUCCUUAAUUCCUUGGUCCUUUUGGACACUGGCAUUGGCAUGCCUGUUUUUACAACAUUUCUAAUAAAUGUACGUUGUGUUGCUUUGUGUUUGAUGCUUUGUGAUCUCAUGCUCCUAGCCUUCUAUACUUAUGAAUUAACAUAAUGAAUGACAAGCUUAAAAAUGAUAAUAACUGAUGAUCAUCGCACCAUAUGUUUUAUAUUCGUUUCAAUGCUGAAAGGAAAGAAGAAAAAUGUGUAUUUGGUUUCUGUGAUGAUUAGGAAUGUCUUAUGCUGUUAGAUAUCUGUUGCAAUAAUAAUGUUUUGCAUACGCUAAUGUACUUUAACCAUUUAAACAGCCUAUGACUGAAGCUCAGCUAUGUCGUGUGGAGUUGCUGGAGACUCUUCUAUCCAUUUGCACUGAUCUGCAUAAGCCUUAUAGGUGCAUUACGAUGGUGGAGUUAUCAAUGCGUUUACUGGUAUCACAGAGGGAGCUCGCCUUGCCAUAUCUACCCGAGUUUUCUUCUGCUGCUGUCUCAUUAUCUGUACUUCUUAGUCAAGUGGAGUUUGAACAUGAGCAACUUACGAUUCUGAAAUUCUUGAUUUUCUUAAGGGAGUGGAUAAGCGAAGGUUUCUUUUUCCCAUUUCUCGCGUACUCCUUACUGAAAGUUUUUUAUUUACACUGUCAUUUUUUAGUUUGAUUAAAAUGCAUAUCAUUGGUGACAUGGGGAUACCUUUUCAAUGCUAUCCGUCAGGACGCUCUUUAACAGAAGGUCACUACACGGUAAGGGAAAAAAAAAUGAUAAUGAAAAUAAAGUGAAAGAUGAAAUCUUCAAAUGGCUUAUAUCUGUAGAUGGGAUAUGCCCUUUCAUACCCUGCUCAUGGUGAAGGAGAGAUGAAAUUUUUUGUAGUAAGAAAUUCCGAGCCCUAGUGGGAUAUGAACUUGAAAAUUAAAACGUAGAUGCCUUGUACAGUAAUAAAUCAUUUCAUUACACAUCAUUCAAUGACUAAAAAGGUUGCAGAAAUCUUUCUUUCUCUUGUACCUAAAUUAUUCUCUCCUGACAGGUGAUUUAAUGUUUCUAAGUAGGCUUAAAAUAGUUUUCUGUGAUUUUUAUUGCUUGUGCUUUGCAUUUUCACUGAUAGUUCAACCAUACUUAGUGAACUCUCUGAGGAGGGUAGGUGUCACUGUUCUUUCCAUUUCACUUAUUAUAUCCUAGUUGGGUCCUUUUAUACAUGGCCUGAGUGCUAUUGUCAAAUAUCCUUUAUGGUGGAAAAAUCAAAGCCUAUAUUUUCAAGUAGAUUGGUUCAUGCAUAAAUACAUUUAUUCAAACACACGGACAAAAUUGGGAAAGUGGAUGUUAACAGAUUACUUUUUAAUCUCUCUCCUCCUAUCAUGAUGUACAGCAUUCUUUGGGCCAAUAACAAAAGGUUAACCUGUCCUUGGAUUAACUGAAUUUGGCAUUUAUCACUGAUCCAUUUGCAACCAGAGGAAGAGCUGAAGUGGAAAAAGAAGAAACAUGAGGUUGCUAGCUGCAAUUGAUGGAGGAAAAGACCAAACAUGUAGUUGCAUACUUUUGCAGCAGAAAAGGUGAAAGAAAAAAAGAGUUACCUCAAUCACAUUGAUGGCGAGUUCCUCUGUGUCCUCUCUCGUUUUCUUCUUGGACCAUUCCACCGUGGUGCCACUUUGAAAACAAUAAGGAUCACGUAUUUGUAAAAGCCUUUGAAUAUGAUUAUUAUACACUUACACUAAUUGAACUGAUUUGGUCUGAGCUGACUCAAAUCUUGGAGUUCAGGUCUGGCCAAAGCCAAAGUCAGUCAAAUCCGGACAAAACUUCAAUAAUAGAAUUAGUCUAUUAGUCAAUGUGUUCCAUUGCAACAACUAUGUCUGGUUAUAUGAAUGGGUAGGCAUCUGGAUGACUACUUCUAGUUUAUUGCAACAAUGGUGGAACCAGCUCUUGCAGGGAAGUGGGUAAUAUCUGGAAAAGUUUUAGAAUAAUCUUGGUCAUAUGAUGACCUAAUUUUUUAUAUAAUGGGGAUUCCGCUAUCCUGCAAUGGAGUCCUUAUAUAUGGUACUUCCCACCAUAGUAUGUGAUUGAGACGUUCAUUAAAAAAUCUCCUUUAUAUAGUAUCUUCUCCUAGAAAUAUAUCAGAACCGUAGGACGCAAGGGAUUGUUAGAAAAAAAAUUCAUUUUAUUUAUUACUCUCUUGGAUCUGUGUUUUUUUCCACAAUUUAGUUUGCGUAUCAAUGUAUUGAUUUCUUGUAGGCUACUUUAUUUAGUGUUAUCACGUGAAACUAAACACAUUUUGUUUCAUUUCCAGAGGUGGAAAAUAAUAUCCCAGAAUCUGCAUUUUACACUCCCUUGGAACUUCUCCAAAUAUUUCCAGUUAUCAAUGUUCUAUCAUCUUCUUCUGAAUCUGUCAAAGAAGCAGUUGUUUCCUUUCUUUCAAAAUUUGAAGCCUACAUGUUGAAUUCACCUUCUGGACAGAGGAAAUACCAAAGUACUAGAUCUGUUUUCUCAACCAGAUGCAAGCUCGGAUAUAUUCUUAUAAGGCUUUUGGAACAUCUUUGGACUGAGGUCAUUUAUGAUGUCAUAUGAUACAACCAUUUUUUCGUAUGUGCGCUUUUCUGUUAACCAGUUAUCAUUGCUGAUUCUUUAUAGUAGGCUUUUUCCGUCACUGUUGUGUGCAUGA